AUGCGAGUAUUUGAAUCCAAAAAAGAUAAUAAAGCUCAGUCUAAUUAAGGAUAAAAGGAAAGUGUUGAUACUACCAUUCAAUUUGAAAAGGAAAUUUUUCAGAAUGGCAAAAAGGCCAUAGAAAGCCGAAGCAGCUGUAAAAGUAUAAUAUACUUAGAUAUAUAUCAAAAGAUGAAGUUAACAAAGAAAUGA